AUGAAGGUGUGUAGCAACCUAAGGUCAAGACCCUAAAGCCCAGCUCCCAUCUCCUCCGGUCUCCGGCACCGGGAAUGAGCGGCAUCCCAGCCAGCUGACGUGCUUCAGACGAGCGGCGUGUGUUAUUUAUGAAGUCAAGGCUGCUGGGAGGGAGGGACCUUCAGGAGUUGUUGACUCAGAGCGAGUGAGCCACCAAAACAGAAGUUGUGAAGUAAGAAGGAGGGACAAAUGAACGGGGCGAGCGCAAGCUUCGACAUCUAGGAUUACAGAGAAUAGUGGAACUGUGUUUGCCCUCCCUGCCGCGGGCCCCGGGACAGGCAGAGGACGGGACGAAGGGGUACAGAGCAAGAUUAUGGGACAGGGAGUCAGCACUCAGACUUUACACCCGAACCCUGCCUACAUUACAGAUGAUGAAGUGGAUCACAGUGAUGGAGCACCUCCAGGAGCAGGAACCUCUUUGGCAAAGGGCAAGAGCAAGUUCCCCAGCCUGGGCAAGAUCUUCAAACCCUGGAAGUGGAGGAAGAAGAGAAGCAGUGACAAGUUCAAGGAAACGUCAGAAGUGUUGGAGAGGAAGAUAUCGAUGAGGAAGCCCAGAGAGGAGCUGAUAGAGCGAGGAUUACUGAAGGACGUCCCAGAGAAUGAGAGUAAUGACGUGAAUCACAAAGCUCCUCCAGUGAAGAACGGCCACACUGCUCCAGUGCCUGGAGAGCGCAGGUCAGACACAGGGUCAGAGGUCAAGGCACCAUCUUCACGGCCACAAGGAGAAGAACAGAGGAACAGCCUCGCACCCGAACCGGAGCGGCGCAACCGAGCGCCCUCCGACGUCAGUCGCAACCGUCAGCCGCUGGACGUGGAUGCUCGGACGCGGUUACUGCCUGAAACAGACCGACGCAGCCGACUGGAGUCAGACGUGGAGAGACGAGCAGGAUCUUUACCGAGAGAAAGACAAGGACAGGAGGAGGGACGGUAUCGGCGGGAGGAAAGAGAUGAGAAAGCGAGUAGGGACAGAGAACGACGGGAUAGAAAAGACGACAGGGAAGUAAAAGGUGAACGUAGAGAUGACAGAGACAGACGAGAAAGGAAGCCGGAUAAAGAUGACUGGCAUGGUAAAGGUGAGCGAGAUGAGCGUGAGAAAGAGAGGAGGAAUGACAGAGAAAAGCGGGAAGAGAAAGACUGGAGAGAAAACAGGGACAGGAAACAGCCACGAGACCGGAAAGAGGAUCACGAAAGACGGGAUGAGCCAGAGAGGGUAGACGAGCGAGAGCGAGAGCGAGAGCGAGAGCGAAAGGAGCAGAAUGAGAAGAGGGAAGACAGGGAAAGAAGAGAGGAACGGGAUAGACGCGAGGAGAGAGACAGAAAAGAUGAGAGAGAAAGGAGAGAUGUCAGGAGGCCAGAACCCCUGAAACAGGUGUCUGACGGGAAACUCUUCCGGCCUCAGUCAGAACAGGACAUGCGGCCCAUUCUUCAGAAGAGCCCGUCUGACAUUGGACCGAAAGUCCGGCCGGUUUCAGAGGCCAUCCAGAGCAGCACACUGCCACGAUACACACCUGCAGAAGAGGAAACAAGGGCGCGGACAGGAUCAGUGGGUGUUCGGUUUGUUCCUGAGCCCAAACCUGCACCAAGUGCCUCCACUAAAGACUCCCAGCCGCCCUCUAAACAGGCCAUUCUCCCUCCCAAAUGGCUGAUGGCUUCUUCCUCCUCCUCCACUGAGACUGCUCCAGUCCCAUCCUCCUCCUCUUCAUCAUCAUCGUCAACUUCUUCAUCCUCAUCCUCUGCUCCCCCCAUUGCUAAGCCUCCUCCUCGGACUGUGUCUUUAAAUGUAGACGACUCCUCCCGAAGUAAUCCCAUUCCUCCCAUAACAGCAGGAGAUCAUGAAGCUCUGCCCACUGUGCCUGCUCACUCAACUCCGCCCACUGUUCCUGCUCACUCAACUCCGCCCACUGUUCCUGCCCACUCUACCCCUCCCACUCUUCCUGCCCACUCUACCCCUCCCACUCUUCCUGCCCACUCUACCCCUCCCACUCUUCCUGCCCACUCGACUCCGCCCACUGUCCCCGCUCACUCCAACCCUCCUGCCACUAAACAGCCGCCAGCCCCUCCCAAACCCGCCCAUCACAACAGCAACAUUGCACUUCAAGCUUCAACGUUACAAAGAUAUUACAAAGCUCCACCACCUCAGUACUGGACGAGCUGGAGACGUCAGGCAGAGUCUGGUGUCUAUCUCUCCCUGCCCACCUACCUCAGCCAAAGGGGCGCUCAGCUCUGCUCAGUGGAUCCCUCCCAUGUCCUGGUCCCAGUCAAGCGAUCUCCUCCCAUUCCCCCAAAGAGGAUGACUCCUGUGACCAAGCGCCACUCAGACGACUCUUCGGCCAAUCACCCUGAGGCUCCGCCCCCAGGCCCCGCCUCCAUUCCGGUUCCAGCCCCUGCUUCUGCCCCGCCCCCUGCCCAAGCAGACAACAGCAAAAACUCAGAAGCGCUCUCUCCUCCACCAACCCAUAUCCCUCCAUCCCCUCACCGUGCCCAACCGCCCCCUGCGGUCCCACACGUGGAGCCGCCCAGCCCCACCACAGAGCCGCCCUCGCAGCCGCCCUUACCUCUGCACAUACGCAUCCAGAGAGCCUUGAACAGUCCUGGGCCGGUCCAGCCCAACCCGGAAGGAUCCCAGCGAGCUCAUUCGCUUCUGUUUGAGUCACCACCGGACUUUCUGGCUGACGCCCCAGGAGGGGGGCGAUACUCUCUUCCAGUCACUAUCGAACCUCUGCGACUGCCUGAGGAUGAUGAUUUUGACAUUGAAGAAGAGCUGCAGAAGCUGCGGCCCGCCCCUCGGCCCACACGCCAGCACGAGCUGGAGCCGCGCAGCCGGCGCGGUCUGGUGGGAGACCCACGGGUCACUGUCAUCCCUGAAGACACGGGACAUGGAAACAGCGACAACGUGGAGAGCGAAGAGAGCGAUUCUGAUGGACCCAUCAAUUACAGAGAUGACGAUGAAGAUGAUGACGAUGAGGAGGAUGUUCCCACAAGUGGUCUUGCGAGCCGUGUGAAGCGUAAGGAUACUCUGGCUCUAAAGCUGGAGCGUCAGCAGGAGAAAGAGCAGUCUCAGGACCAGGAGAACAUCCCCUGGAACAACAAAGAGCAGUGGGAAGCUAUCCGCAGCAAGAUCGGCUCCACCCUCACAAGGAGGCUGAGUCAGAGACCCACCGCACAAGAGCUUGAGCAGAGAAACAUCCUACAAGCCAAGAAUGAAGCAGACCGACGGGCAGAAAGGAGCGAAAUCAAGCGCAGACUGACCAGAAAGUUGUCCCAGAGGCCUACGGUGGCUGAGCUGCAGGCCAGAAAGAUCCUGCGCUUUCAUGAGUAUGUGGAGUGCACUCACGCUCAAGACUACGACCGGCGGGCCGACAAACCCUGGACCAAACUCACACCUGCUGACAAGGCGGCCAUAAGAAAAGAGCUGAAUGAGUAUAAGAGCUCAGAAAUGGAAGUUCACGAGGACAGCAGGAUAUACACCAGGUUUCAUCGGCCAUAAUCAUCGUCUCUGAAGAGGAAGCCCCAGACGGAUGAAAGCUGCAGCUAAAAGCCUUCAUCUCACCCCAGCAUCCUGUUUCCCAUGAUCCUCCAGCCUGCACUGACGAGUGUCGGGCCAGCCGCUCAGUGCUCUGGAGUCCAGAGGAGGAGGAGGAAGUGAUGCGGGUGUGUGCUGGAUGCUGGUACUUGAUACUUCAGACACUUCUGGGGAGCGGGUUUGGAGGGCCAGCGCUCCGUAGAGUUCCCAUGAUUCCCACAGCGUGGACUGGGGUGUUUUUAUAGUCUUUAUGGUACACACGUUUCUGUGAUCAAGAAUACGCUCGUGUACCCAACAAUAAUACUUUUAUGGAAAUUAUGACACUGGAGAUAAACUGUUUUAGUGUUGAGCGAUUGUGAGAGACUGAGAGUGUGAGUGUGAGUGUGUGAAUGAGUGUGUGUGUGAGUGAUGAUAUAUGCUGUUCACUUAUGCCUUAACACUGGUACAUGAUUUUUUUAGCCUGACCUUCGAGUAAUACAGAAGAAAGUCUUUUGACACAGAUGCAUGUAACACUGUUUCUCACGCUGAACACACACUGACUGAUGUGUGUGGAUCUGAAAGCACAUCUUUGACAUUCUCAGGACGUCGGCACGCGGUCUCACUUUCUCUUUAUGUGCAUUUUACUGUAAUUUACUUUUUCACACAGAUAACACCUGCUUUAAUAUCUUUUUUUUUCUUUCUUUUUUUUAACAACAUAGCACUUCACUUUAAAUAUUUCAAGGUGAAUCCCACAAGAACACGCCAUAUUUUACCCAAAAAUCAUAAGAAUCCACUAGAUUUUAUUAUUAGAUAUUGCUAGAUAUUAUUUUCAUAAUUUAAGCACAUUUUCCCCCUUUAUUAAUUAAUUAUUCUUAUUAUAGUGUUGGAUACUUUAAUUUUGAGUUUUUUUUUUGUUUUUUUUUGUGCUUUUACUCAUGUGCAUUGUUCUCAAUUGUAAUUCUUGUUACUGUAAUAGAUUUUAUAUUUAUUACAGUAAAAUACUGUAAUAUUUUUUUUUUCAUAUAAACAUUCAUUUAAAAGCAAUAUAUUAAAAAAACUUUCACAUAUUACCAUAAUGAGAAUGCAAUUUUUUUUUAUUUUUUUUUAAUAUAUUACUGGAAUUAGAUUUCUUUUUUUCUUUUCUUUUUUCACAAUGCCAAAAAUUGUAGUGAUCCUAAAGCUUCAUUUUCUUUAAGCAAAACUUUUUGUUUUGAGGUGAAAUAUGACUUGGACAUGUUGUAGACAGGUUUGAUGAGAUUCAGCUGUAAAUGAUGAUAAAGUCCACUGUACGUUGAACAAUUUAAAACAAAAUGGUUGAUGUUACGUCAUGGAGUCAUUGUAAAAAUCUUGGUGCAUUUUUGAAUGGUACAUAAAAAUGAAAUCGUCACUGCUGGUUUUAUGGUACACUUUGUUUUGUCUGCCACCAGACGGCCUGUGCACUGUAUAGAGACAUGCUGUAGAUUGAUUGUAUUGUAUAUCUCGUCUUCCUGACAUCAGAAAUUUGUUUUAAUUGUAAUUAUAGUAUUACACUGUCCUGUUUUUAUAAGGUGCAAACAGAAUGACUACAGGUUAAGUGAUACAAUGAUCCGGUACAAAAACAGCUGUAUAGUUACUUUUUUAUGUAAAGAUAUAUUAAAAAGGUCUUUCAAUUAAUACAUGUACAUUCACUUCACUAUUAAUUAAAACUAAACUGUGAGCAUCA